AUGCCCAGCCGGGACUCACUGACCCAUACUGAAGUCAACCCAUGGACGCGGUAUCCAGUCAUCCUAGUCAACCUCGGUAUCUUCAUCAUCGCAGCAGUGUUCGUCUGCAUGUGUGUGUACUCCAUCUACCUGCGCUGGGACGAAAUGUCGGUGGGCCGUGGCUCACCCUUGGUCAGCCUGGUUGUCAACAUCGACGUGGCGCUGCUGGCGUUGGUCGCGUGCCUGAGCUUCGUAUCCUCACUGGGCUUCCUGGGAGCGCUGAGGGAGAACAUUUGCUGCCUCUACUGCUACGACUGGAUGCUUUUCAUAAUGAUGUUCACCUGUAGCCUGGGUUUCAUCCUGCUCAUCAUCAUGCCGUUCAUCGCCACCAGGGUGCGUACCUCAGUGACAAGCCACUAUUGCCACUAG